ACAAAAAAACGAAUCCAACUCGUUCUCCUCAAUCCUCAUUAGAUUGGCGUACUUUUGCUGUUGAGAACUUGCUGUAAAAUCAACCAUGGCCCAGGAAAUAGUUCUUUAUUGGGGCGAAGGCUCUACUCCUUGCUGGAGGGUGAUGAUCGCCCUGGAGGAGAAGGGUUUAAGCAACUAUACCAGCAAACGUCUCGCCUUUGAAAAAAUGGAGCAUAAAUCGGCGGAGGUAAUGGCUCUUAACCCCAGAGGACAGCUCCCUACCUUCAAAUUUGAGGAGAAAAUCAUUAAUGAGUCCUGUGCUGCCUGCAUGUUCCUGGAGUGUAAAUUCAAGGAUCAGGGAAACCAGCUGACGCCAACUUCCUGCGACGAAAAGGCCAAGAUGUUUCAGCGUCUUUUUGAGGGCCUCACACUUGGCCAGAAGCUUGGUGAAGUCAUCUACUACGAUUGGAAGGUCCCGGAAGGAGAGAGGCACGAGAGUGCAAAGACAAGGAACAGAGAGGCUUUGCGUGCAGAGCUCCAACUGUGGGAAGGAUACAUGGCGAAGGAGACUGGACCUUACAUUGCUGGGAAGACCUUUUCCUUGGCUGAUGUGAUAAUUUUCCCAUCCAUCGCCUAUGCCUUCUAUCUCGGGUUGUGUCCUAAGCGUUUCCCUAAACUGGCUCAAUAUCAUGAUAUGGUAAAGGAAAGACCCAGCAUCAACAAAACAUGGUUUUCUGCCUGGAAAGACAACAACAAGGACACUUUGAAGGACAUCUGAGAAAACCUAUUGAGCUUUUCUAUAAUGAAGUGAUUGCAACCACUCUACUGCCUUGCACGUCAGUGCCAUAUUAUACUAUCUGAAAGCAUCUCACCUUUGUAGUUUUGUCCUUUAAAUGGCAGCUCCUAUAAUUUGAACGUCAAUAAAAUAUCACUUCCAAAUGCA